AUCUUCGCCCCUCUCACCUCUCGUCUCUCACACUCGGUUUCGUCUUCUCAAUCUUCUUCUUUGCAUCCUUUAACUUGGUGCUUCUAGCAAACUUUUUUCUUUUUCUGUUUCGAAUUUAUGGUUUUUGAAAAACAAUGGAAACACUCGUCGUAGACGCUGGCUCUAAGCUCCUGAAAGCGGGAGCAGCGGUUCCUGAUCAGUCUCCUGCAAUGAUAAUCCCAUCUCAAAUGAAACGAAUGGUUGAUGAUGGGUCUGAUGAUGUAACUCUUGACCCUAUUGAAAGGGGGUUCAUUAGAGACUGGGACGCUAUGGAGGAUCUGUUGAGGUACGUUGCGUACACUGGGCUUGGAUGGGAGGAGGGAAACGAAGGCAAUAUACUCUUCACUGAUCCUCUCUCUACUCCCAAGGCUAUUAGGGAGCAACUGGUGCAGAUGAUGUUUGAAACAUUCAAUGUCUCUGGAUUCUAUGCGUCAGAGCAAGCAGUGUUGUCCCUUUAUGCUGUUGGAAGGAUCUCUGGUUGCACUCUUGAUAUUGGCCAUGGGAAGAUAGAUAUUGCUCCAGUUCUUGAAGGUGCGGUGCAGCACAUUGCCUCAAAAAGGUUUGAGCUAGGGGGAACCGAUCUUACAAAACUCUUGGCUCAAGAGCUUGGGAAAUCAAACCCUUCAAUGAAACUCAGCAUGUCUGAUGUUGAAAAACUCAAGGAACAGCAUGCAAAAUGUGCGGAGGAUGAGAUUGCUUACGAGAAAACCCAAAACUGUGAAAUUGAGCAGCAUACUCUUCCAGAUGGGCAGGUGAUAAGGAUUGGGGGAGAGAGAUACUCUGUUGGUGAAGCUCUGUUUCAGCCAUCAAUAUUAGGACUAGAGGAGCAUGGAAUAGUUGAACAGCUUGUCCGGAUAAUCUCCACAGUGUCAUCUGAGAACCAUAGGCAGCUCUUGGAGAACACUGUACUUUGUGGUGGGACAACCUCCAUGACAGGAUUCGAAACCAGGUUUCAGAAAGAAGCAAGCUUGUGCUCAUCUGCUAUUAGGCCAACGCUGGUGAAACCGCCGGAGUAUAUGCAGGAGAAUGUGGGAUUGUACUCGGCUUGGGUUGGAGGAGCGAUACUAGCUAAAGUGGUGUUUCCACAGAACCAGCAUGUUACUAAAGCUGACUAUGACGAGACUGGACCAUUGGUGGUUCACCGGAAAUGUUUCUGAUCCUGAAACGACCAAAACGUUUGUAGUUGCUGUUGUAGCUGAGGAUUGUUUUGCUGUGUUUAGGUUUAACUCUAAUUAUUCGGACAUGUCCCACUCGAUCUAUGUAACUUAAACUGAUUCAUUCUCUCA